GAUGAAACUGUCCAAUGCGGGCUACUCUAUUGUUCUCUCAAGCACCCACCAAAAUACAUAGCGAUAUCCUAUACGUGGGGAGAUGUUUCUGACAAGCGCAACAUUCUCAUGCUGACGAAAAAAUACAGUCUUUCACUAGGCAAAGAAGAGUACAUAUGUACUGCAGUGUCAGUCACUGCUACUUUGUAUGACGCUCUAAACGCCCUCCGGAGCGAUCAGGAAGAUGUACUAGUUUGGAUCGAUGGCUUAAGUAUCAACCAAGCUGAUACAGACAAGAGAACGAGGCAGGUUCGUUUGAUGACCGAAAUCUACCGUAACGCAAGUAAAGUUGCUAUAUGGUUAGGGCCAGAAGCCGACAACAGCGACAUAGCGUUGCAUUUGUUGCAA